AUGACAGCACCACAUGAACUACAUCUAAAGCCUGUUUGUUCUUCAAAGCAUAUGUCAGUAUGCUCCCCUUUGGAAAAUUUUGAAAAGAUUUGUUUGAAAAUCAUCAUCACCAUGAUCAUGAAGGUUGAGAUUUCAACAAUUCAUAUUGAUGAUGAUUUUGAUAUGUCGACAAAGACGAUAAAAGCGCAUUCUAAUUCGAAUUAUAAUCAUCGGAUGGGACGGGGAGGAUAUACGGCUCUAAGAGAGAAACUGGUAAAUAAUAAAGUACUUGCCAAAGAUGAAAUGCCACCCCGGUCAUUAAUGUGGUGUAAAGGACGUGAAAACAAAGCAGGAGAAAUAGAAGAUGCUAAUGUAAAACUUAUGGCAGAAAAACUAGUGGAACAUGAAACACAAAUAAAAGAUGGAGAUGUGAAGCUUAAUCCUGGGAUGGAUGCCAUGUCACUAGUCUUUGGCAAGGAUAACGGUGGAUUCUUAAAAGGGGUUGGCACAGGAGUGACUGCUAGUAGAUAUUUCAAUAUUCCUAGAACCAAUGGAUCUUCAAAAGAACAAAUUACGGACCUAAAGUUUGAACUACGGAAUGAGAGACUUGAGCUUCAGAAAAAAGAUGAAGAACUUCAAGCAUUGUCAACAAAGGUGAGAGAACAAGAUAAAACACUAAAGCUAGUUUUAGCUCAUCUUGAAUCACAAGGAACAAUGAUACCAAAUCUACCAUCUCAUCCGAAUGAAUCUCCAACACAAGUCUUUUCAGUGGACAAGAAUGUUGAAUCUCAUGUCACUCCUAUUACUAAUACUAUCAUAGAGAAAGCACCUAUGACAGAUAAAGCAUCGACAAAUGAACCGGUUACACGAUAUUUUGUAAUGGCCAAAAGCACCAAAAUAACUGUUGAAUCUAAGAGUGCGACUACAAAUUCACAUCCAAAAACAAAAGAUACACAUUCACCAAAACUCCCAUAG